AUGGGUGCAAAGCUUGAACACGUGAACGUGCAGUCUCAUCAAGCCUAUCCCGCAGAAGCCAGUGGCGGCAUCCCUCUCUCCCCCGUCCCGCAACAGCCACUGGCGAAACCCUGUAAAAUAAAUUUGCCGAACCCUUCUCUUCUCAUCAAUGCCAAGGCAACCCCAACUAUCCCUUCCUCUCUCCUUUACCCCAAAACGCUAAUUACUGUAAUUAAUUACCACUUCAUUGUUUUUUGUUUCAUUUUUUCUCAGGAACCUUUCAAUGCGGAGCCACCGCGUGCUGCGUUGGUUGCCUCUUAUGUCACCCCUUCCGAUUUCUUCUACAACAGGAACCACGGCCCUAUCCCCAUUGUUGAAGACAUCAACAGAUACUCCGUGACCGUGUCUGGUUUGGUGGAGCGUCCCAAACAGCUCUUCAUGAAAGAUAUCUGGAUGCUUCCAAAAUAUUCUGUCACUGCCACGUUGCAGUGUGCAGGUAAUCGAAGGACUGCUAUGAGCAAGAUCAAAACAGUAAAGGGAGUUGGCUGGGAUGUUUCUGCUAUUGGAAAUGCUAUUUGGGGUGGUGCCAAAUUGUCUGAUGUUCUAGAACUUGUUGGAAUUCCAAAGUUGACUAGUGUCACUCGAUUUGGUGGAAGACAUGUGGAAUUUAUAAGCGUUGAUAAGUGCAAGGAGGAAAAUGGGGGUCCAUACAAGGCUUCAAUACCACUCAGUCAGGCCACAAAUCCUGAAGCAGAUGUUCUACUAGCUUAUGAAAUGAAUGGUGAACCUCUUAACAGGGAUCAUGGGUAUCCAUUACGUGUGGUUGUUCCUAGUGUCAUUGGGGCCCGGUCUGUUAAAUGGCUGGAAGAUAUCAAUAUCAUUGCAGAAGAAUGCCAGGGUUUAUUCAUGCAAAAGGACUACAAAAUGUUUCCACCAUCAGUGAAUUGGGAUAAUAUUGAUUGGUCAACCCGGAGACCGCAAAUGGAUUUCCCAGUUCAGUGUGUUAUAUGUUCUCUAGAAGACGUGAGCACAGUAAAGCCUGGGAAGCAGGAUCAGGAACGUUUUGCCGUCCAAACUGGCGAAACAGCGUGAUCAGGAACGUUUCACCGUCCAAACUGGCGAAACAGGGUGCAGCAUAGGG